AUGGCUGCUGCUGGGUUGACUGAAGAGCAAAGGGCGCAAUACAAGGAGGUCUUUGACCUGUUUGACAAGGAUGGGACCGGUGACAUCACCGCCCAGGAGUUGGGAGAGGUCAUGAGGUCCCUGGGUCUGAACCCCAGCGACACGGAGUUGACGGACAUGGUGAACGAGGUCGACGCAGACAACAACGGCACGAUUGACUUCAAUGAAUUCCUCAACUUGAUGGCGGUAAAGGUGCAGGUCGGCGACGCUGAGGAGGAGCUCAAGAACGCGUUCAAGGUGUUCGACCGCGACGGCAGCGGCACCAUCUCGGCCGAGGAGCUGCGACAUGUCCUUAAAUCGCUGGGCGAGAACAUGACCAACGCCGAGAUUGACGAGAUGAUCCAGAUGGCCGACAAGAACGGCGAUGGAACGAUUGACUAUGAUGAGUUUGCGUCUAUUAUGAUGAAGGACUAA